GGAUUAGGUACAUAGUAAAUCCAUAUUUAUGCUUUACGUGAGAUCCCAUCGUGUUUUUUUAAGUAUAUAUAAUAUGUCUAGACUUCUCAGGAUCAAGGAAGCUUUUGCUUUUCUGAUUGCCUUCCAUAUUCGACCUGCGUAACUCCUUGAAAACGAUUAAAAAAACCCUUCGUUAACACGUCGAAAUACAAACUCUUUCAAGAUGGUUUCUCAAGCUACACUCGCUUUUCUCGGUCUCGCUUCUACCGCUGUUGCGACACUUAGCCCAUUGCAGCUGAGGAACCUCAACGACUUGCGUUAUGAGCGCGUUGUUGUCGAAGUCCGACAAGUCAGCUCGUCCUUCUCUGAGCUCCCCACGGCGACGCAAAACCCCGAGUGCGAAUCGGCUUUGCAACCAUUGGGUUCUGACGUCCCUACCGUGGCUCCCGAGCUUCUGGCCUACCUGGAGUCCUUCGUCGCCACGGCCGACACUAACAACCCGACCAUCUUGUGCGAGGCCACCAAGGUGCCGCAGUCGCUCUCGUCCCAGUACAGCUCGUACGACCAGGCUGCCAGUUCCUGGCUCAGCAAGCACAGCAGCGACCUCGAGGUUAUCGCCACUAAGUGCAAGAACGACGAGGACGCCUCGGUUACGGAGGCCAUCGAGUCCAUUAAGGGAUUCCUCGCAGACAAUUGCGGUGCUACCUCCGGUGCUGCCUCUGGUGCUGCCGUUUCCAGUACCGUGUCCCCGGCUCUGGCUGCUCGACCCACCGGCAUGGUUGCAGGUGCCGUAGCGGCUGCUGGCGCUCUUGGCGUUGCGGUUCUUCUAUGAUUGGAUCCCCAAGGUAUUGGAUUAAUACCCCGUGUAGUCAAGCCAAGCAUAGGCGAAGGAAUAGCAUGCAUUCAUGUUGGUAAUUUGGAAAUUGGAUCCUUGGAAUAGAUCAAAUAUAGAAUACCUACCUACCUUAGGUACCUGUUAUACCCCAAGUUGUAUUUUCUUCUCCUGCAUCGGACAGGAAUCAUUAUGUUGUGUUUUUAUCAUCUAUCCGUUAACUAUAACAUAUACACUGGCAUUAUCCUAUUGUAAGGUUAUCACAUGAUGUUUAAUAUUUAUCUGUUCUUAUAAGAGGUAUUUUCGUCAUGUGUCAGGUAGUUGCUAUGAAAUAUAAGAUGCCUCAAGUCUUGACAAGAAUGAAACAUCUUAGAUAAUAUACCCCUUUGCCAGUGCGUUCGGAAUAGCCUUCGUCAUCGAAAUUAAUAUAUGUAACUACCUACCUUAGGUACUUCGGUAUAGACUUAGCCAUACGAGGUACCUAAGGUUAGGUUAGGUA